AUGAUGAUGACGUGCCGCCUGCUGUGCGCCCUGUUGGUGUUUGCCCUGUGCUGCUGCCCGUCCGUGUGCGUCACAGCGACUGGUGAAGGUACCGAUAAGGGUAGCGUUUCAACGUCCCCUGCAUCAGCGGCACCAACUUCUGGGGGCGAUGGUCAAGGCACGCCAGGUGUGUCCAUUACGGGACAGACGUCAAGUUCCGAUAACGGUACGGUACAAACUCCAGGUGAGAACGGUGCUGUAGGGUCAGAAAACCCGGGCAUUGAGGAAGUGACAUCAGGCACGGCAAGCGAUUCCGGAAAAGUGAAAAGCCCGGAAACCGGUACGCAAGACAGUACGAGGGCCGAUGCGGAAGAACCACGUGAUCCGACUGUUUUGCAAGGAGCAGCAGGUGCGGCGAGCAUUAAUGGACAGGAAUCAAGUAGAGAGGCCCGUACUUCAGACUCAGCAGACCCGGCCAAAACGGUACAGGAGCAGGCACAAAUUACGGGGCCCGCUGGGCCGGGGUCGCAAAGUACGUCCAGUAAAGAACAGAAAGGAAGUGAGAGCCAAACGCCACAAGGAUUAAGUUCCGGGAACGGUACUACACAAAAUCCAGGUGAAAACGAUGCGGUAGGGUCAAAAAAGCCGGACGGUAAGGAACCGAAUUCAGGCACGACGACCGAUAUCGGAAAAGGGAAAGGCACGGGAUCGGCUCCGUCAGCGAGUCCCGAUCCAACACCUCCGGGGCCUAUUACAGAAGAGCAACCAAGUGGAUCCGCUAACCCAGUCCAACAAAUUCAAAAGGCAAAUGCGUCAACUACGACGAGCACUGCGCCAGAGGCAUCAAGUACUACGACUACGGAGACGCCUAGUACUACGACCACCCGCGCACCGUCACGUCUUCGCGAAAUCGACGGCAGCCUCAGCAGCUCUGCGUGGGUGUGUGCCCCGCUGCUGCUCGCCGUAUCCGCGCUGGCGUACACCACUCUGGGCUAA